UACAGGCGGCGGAGAGCGACCUUAAGGGGCGGGGCCGAAGCCGAGGCUAUCGCGGCGCCAUCUUGAUCGUGAGCGGAGUGACCGGUGCAGUACUAGACAACUGGAACACACAAAUAAGAAGCCUGAGUUACGUGUACAUGUGGCCAUUUCACCAUCUUUGUGUCUGCGUUGUGGAUGUGCAUGAGACAGACUCCUUCAGAGAUGUGAAGUGACGAUAGAUAACUAUGUACUAACAGCAGGUGCUAUACAAGAUUCCCUGACUCAAGAUGCCUGCGGGUGUGUACUAUUCAGUGCCAUACUGUGCCAUUUUUGUUUUGCCGAUUCUUCUAAUGGAUGUGCCAGCUGUGGAGGGAUACGUGUGUGCAUACACAAACAGUACCCCCAACACCACCAUGAUCUUUGAUGACCUACCAUCAAUGUUUGGCUAUCAGCUACUAAGGGAGGGGCUGCAGGGUUAUUUGGUAUUUGCCAAGCCUGAUAAUGCCUGUGAACCUAUUGCACCGCCACCUUCAAAUACCACCAGCCUUGAUUUUAUUGUUAUGAUUCGCAGAUAUGGAUGCAAUUUUGACGUCAAGGUGCUUCAGGCACAGCAGGCUGGGUAUAAAGCAGCAAUCGUGCACAAUGUCGACUCGGAUCAGCUGCUCAGCAUGCACUGGAGCAGUGAGGAAAUAAGACAUCAGAUAACAAUCCCAUCAGUUUUCAUCGGGGUCCGUGCUUCCCAGCUCCUAAAGUCACUGUUCACUUAUGACAAAGGUGCAUAUAUUGUAUUGAUGCCAGACUUCAACUUCCCAUUGGGAUAUUACCUCAUUCCCUUCACUGGUGUGGUUGGAAUUGUGAUUGCCGUUAUGAUCACUGUCAUGAUAGUGAGAUGUGUGCAGUAUCGGCGCAGAAUCCAGACAAGCCGACUGUCAAAAGAGCAGCUGAAGAAAAUUCCAGUCCAUAAAUUCAACAAAGGGGAUGGAUAUGAAGUCUGUGCAAUCUGUCUGGAUGAGUAUGAGGAGGGUGACAAACUUCGAAUAUUACCCUGCUCACAUGCAUACCACUGUAAAUGUGUGGACACCUGGCUAACACAGACAAAGAAGACCUGCCCUGUUUGCAAGCAACGUGUUCUGCGUUCAACUGGUGAUUCUGAGUCUGGAUCUGAUAUGGAAGAUUACCAUGAAGAUGAUGAGCAUCAAUCAGAGCGCACACCACUACUCCACGCAGCUUCAACCUCUGCUACGCACUCAUUUGGCUCCAUGACCAAUUCCCUCGCACAGCACAGCGGGGACCACUCAUCAGAUUCCAGUCAGGAUGGUGACAAUGGUGCCUGUGCUGAGGGGGUGGAAGUUCUAGACCACAACCAGGAGAAUCAAAGUCACUCUUCAAUCACUACAGGAUCUGGGUCUGAGCCUAACCUCAAUCCUGGGAAUGUUUUUAAUGUGUAGUUAGGAACCUUGGGCUUUGUACUGUUCUAAUGUGUAAAACUGUAAUCAUUGUGUGACUGCAGCUCAAAUAGGGCUUUAUUUAGAACUUUUUGGGGGAACAUUUAAAAUACAUAUUUAAGUGUUAACAGGGGAGGUUCUGCUGUUCAUGAACAGUGAGUACAAGCUGUAACUGCGCAUGGGUGUGUUGCUUGAUACCAACAGAAUACAAACAGCCUCAACUCCCUUGUAACAAAUAGGCAUUCAGUAGUGGGCAGGGAAUGUGAUCAAUAGCUCAUUAAAUACCAAUGUGAAGAAACUUUUUCUUCCAUGUUCUGUAAAAUGAGCAUGAAAUUAAAAAGCACAACUACCUGGGGCCCUUGCUGGUACUAUACUACAAUCCUUUGUCUGCGAUCUAUAAUCAUCUAGAAGUGAACUACACCCCAUUGCUCUGUUUCUGUUCUCACCAUGAUAAUUACCUGGUAUAUUAUAUAUGCUUCCUAACUACGUAGCGACCUUCUGAUGUAUGGAAUCUGAACUCUGAAACAGGGCUGGGUGCUACUGGUACUUGCAGUAUCUCCCAAAGUUAUUCUGACGUUGGGAAGGUGACCACAACAAUAUUUGUAAUGUUCAUAGUUCCCUUUUUAUACUAAAUUUUGUAAUCUUGCUCAGCAGAAUGUUCUCUGGUUACAAUUGUGAGAUUAAUUGAGCAAGCAAUUAUUGAUAAAUUGGGAUCAUGCAGAAGACAGGCUGCUGAAGGGGGAAUGAAACCAGAAUCAAAGACAAUAGAAAUGGUGUAGUCCUAGCUGUCUGUUGUAAUCAUUUCCACUGUUCUGGUUUAUUUUGCUGCUGUGGCUGUUUCCUCAUUUUACCAAUGAUGGCUGUACAGAGAUGAGGGACUGUGUCCAGGAGCCAAGAAUUCCAGACUGCUACCUGUUGAUCUUUCACCCUGAAUUACAGUCUUUCACUGACAAUAAAUGUGCUGAAGUAA